CUCUAUUUUGGCAAAAUUGGCUUGCAAAGCCUGAAAUAUUUACUAUGUGGUCCUUUAUAGAAAAGGUUUGCUAACUCUUGAUUUAAAUCCAUUUUAAAAUUUACGUAUUAACUAGUCAGUUGUCCACUAGAGAGCAAGAUUCUCAAGGGCAGAAAUGCUAUUUUGAUCAUUAUUACAACCCUGGUGGUUAACACAGUGACUGACAUGUAGCCGUUACUCAGUUGAUAUUUGUUGCAAAGAUUUACAAUGAUGUAACUUAUAGACAACUUUCAGAAACAUACCUAUUACAUGAUAUCUGUUUUGGGAAGACUUACCAACCAGGCAAGAGGUGCAUACUUUUGCUCCCUAGCUUUCCUCUUCCCUUAUACAUAUUAUGGAACAUUUACACUUAGAUUAUAGUAAAACUUUUUAACUGGUUUUUAAAAUUUGGAAUAUAUUGAGUUUUCUGUAAUUGGAGAUUUUGUUUUUAAAAUUAUGUACUCUUCUCAGACGCUGUGUACUGGUUAUCUAUUGCUGUAUGCAAACUACCAUAAACCUGGUAAUUUCAAAUAAGCAUUAUAGCUCAUGACCAGAAGGGGGUGGUCCUCUUUUUGUGCUUAGCGCAGCCAUGGUUCAUGGUCCCAAGAAGCAUCUGAAGUGGGAAAGUGAUUCAGUUCCAAAGCAGUGGAUGCUGGAUAAAUUGACCUGUGUGUUUGCCCCUCACCCAUCUACUGGUCCCCAUAAGCUGAGAUAGUGACUCCAUCUCAUCAUUUUCCUAAGGAACAGGCUUAAGUAUGCCCUAACAGGGGAUGAAGUAAAGAUCUGUUUGCAGUGUUUUAUUAAGAUUGAUGGCAAGGUCAGAACUGAUAUAACCUACCCUGCUGGUUUUAUGGAUGUCAUCAGCACUGACAAGAUUGGGGAGAAUUUCCAUCUGAUCUAUGACACCAAGGGUCACUUUGCUGUUCAUCGGAUUACACCUGAGAAGGCCAAGUGUAAGUUGUGGAAAGUGAGAAAGAUCUUUGUGGAGACAAAAGGAAUCCCUCAUCUGGUGAUCCAUGAUGCUUGCACCAUCCGCUGUCCUGAUCCCCUCAUCCAGAGAAGCAAGAAGAAGAUGGAUGACAUAGAUGAAAGAGAAGCAGCAUAGGAAGAGAACUUCUAGCCUUGACCACGAGUUGUGUGA